AUGGCGGACCAACUUAACAUGAACGGUCUGAACCUUGGCCCGGAUGGCCAGCAGGGCGGCGCCCCUGGCGGUCGCUCUUACAUUCCUCCUCACAUGCGUAACCGUCCUGGAGGCGGUCCUCCCAUGAACGGUCCCGGACCGGGCGUUGGCCCUGCGGCUGGUGGCCCUCCUCCUGGCGGAGCUCCUCCUGGCGCAGCUCCUCCUGGCGCUGGCGGCCCUCCUGUGAACGGCCUCAACAAUAGCAACUGGGCUGACCAGAACUACGGUGCCCGCCAGAACAACUGGGGCAACGCUGCUCAGGUCCCGACUUAUAACAAUGGUCCUGCUCGUCGCGGCGGCGGCGGCGGCUUUUCCGGAGGCCGCGGAGGUGGCUACGAGGGCCACGGCGGUGGCUCUGCUCGCGGCUCUGGCGAUGGCCAGUGGCGGGACGGCAAGCACGUCCCUGGCCCUGCCAACCCCCGUCUCGAGCGUGAACUUUUCGGCGUUGCCGACGACCCCACGAAGCAGCAGACUGGUAUCAACUUCGAGAAGUACGACGACAUUCCCGUCGAGGCAUCUGGCCGUGACCCGCCCGAGCCCGUCAACCAGUUUUCGACUCCUCCCCUGGACGAGCACCUGGUUCGCAAUAUUGAGCUUGCUCACUACAAGGUGCCCACGCCCGUCCAGAAGUACUCCAUCCCCAUUGUCUCUGGUGGCCGUGAUUUGAUGGCUUGUGCCCAGACUGGUUCCGGAAAGACUGGUGGUUUCCUCUUCCCCAUCCUGUCUCAGGCCUUCCUCAACGGCCCUUCGCCUCCUCCCGCUAGUGCGCAAGGCAGCUUUGGCCGUCAGCGCAAGGCUUUCCCCACCUCUUUGAUCCUGGCUCCCACCCGUGAGCUGGUCUCGCAGAUCUACGAUGAGGCCCGCAAGUUCGCCUACCGCUCUUGGGUCCGUCCGUGCGUCGUCUACGGUGGUGCGGACAUUGGUUCCCAGCUGCGUCAAAUCGAGCGCGGCUGUGACCUCCUGGUCGCCACCCCUGGUCGUCUCGUCGAUCUCCUCGAGCGUGGCCGUAUCUCCAUGUGCAACAUUAAGUACCUUGUUCUUGACGAGGCUGAUCGCAUGUUGGACAUGGGUUUCGAGCCCCAGAUUCGCCGCAUUGUCGAGGGAGAGGACAUGCCCACUGUCGCUGACCGCCAGACCCUCAUGUUUUCGGCCACCUUCCCCCGCGACAUCCAGAUGCUCGCCAGGGACUUCUUGAAGGACUACGUCUUCCUGUCUGUUGGCCGUGUCGGCUCGACCUCUGAGAACAUUACUCAGCGCAUCGAGUACGUCGAAGAUGCCGACAAGCGUUCUGUGCUGCUCGACAUUCUGCACACCCACGCUGGUGGCUUGACGCUGAUCUUCGUCGAGACCAAACGCAUGGCCGACACUCUGUCCGACUUCCUCAUCAACCAGAACUUCCCCGCCACAUCGAUUCACGGUGACCGCACCCAGCGUGAGCGUGAGCGCGCUCUCGAGUUCUUCCGUAACGGCCGUUGCCCCAUCAUGGUCGCCACGGCUGUCGCGGCCCGUGGUCUCGAUAUCCCCAACGUCACCCACGUCGUCAACUACGAUCUCCCCACCGACAUUGACGACUAUGUCCACCGCAUCGGUCGUACCGGUCGUGCCGGAAACACUGGUAUUGCCACUGCUUUCUUCAACCGUGGCAACCGCGGUGUUGUACGUGAGCUCCUCGACCUGCUUAAGGAGGCCCACCAAGAGGUCCCUGCGUUCCUGGAGACCGUGGCCCGCGAGUCGUCCUUUGGCGGCGGCGGUCGUGGUGGUCGCUCUCGUGGCGGCGGUGGCCGCGGCGGUCCCACUCGCGAUUUUCGUAAGGGCUUCGGCGGUGGUGGCUUUGGGGGCAACAGCGGUGGCAAUGGAGGCGGCUUCGGUGGUCCCCCUCAGUCCGGCGGCUAUGGCGGCGGCGGCUUUGGUGCUCCUCAGGGAGGUGCUCCUGCCUACGGCGGCGGUGGUGGUGGUUACGGCGGUGGCGGUGGUGGCUUCGGCGGUGGUGGCGCCUAUGGCAACCCCGGCGGUCCUGGCGGCCAGUCUUGGUGGUAG